CGAAAGAGAGUCGCCGACAAUGUUCAAGAAAGAAGUCCAAGAAUCGGCACAUGAACAAAGCCACAGAAAUGCCGCAGGCGAUUCUCAACCUGCAGGACGAGAAGAACAGAGAAUCAGCACUAAGAAAGCUCAGCAAUUUUCUUCUUGAGAAGAGGGAGCAAGAUCCGGAUAAUUACUACAGCAUUGGGCAUAUGUUGUACCAUUCCUGCAGUACAAUGACUAUUUUGCUACAGGAGUUGUUGACGUUUUUCAGAAUGAUGGAAGAUGGAAGUCUCACUGCAAGAGCUUCCAAGCGUUUGGCAAAUGUUCUUACCUUAUUCCAGUGCAUUGCAGCUGGUAAGGAGACAAGGCACAAAUUUGUGAAAUCUUCAAUCCCCAAUUUUCUGGUUCCACUAGUAACGUUUAGAGCUCCUCUGGAGGAAUUUGAGAAUGUUAGAGCUGUUGCACUGUCUGUGAUAGGCAUUCUAUGCCAGGCAAGAGAAUCAAACAUCAUUCAAUGGGCUGUGGAAAGUAACAUGGUGGAAGUAUGCCGGAUUAGUGUAGAGAUCGGAAACGAACUCUCCAAAGUGGUAGGAAUGUUCAUCAUUGAAGCCAUCCUACAAAACGACUCAGGAUUGUCCUACAUAUGUAAUCCCAAGUCUAAACUGCUUAAGAAACUGAUGGCAACAUGGUAUCAACUGGUUACGUAUUUAGAUGUGGAUCAAAGUUUCUCCCCUCGCCUCUUGUUUCAUGUAAUCCGGUGCUGUUUCCUGUUAUGCAAUAAUAUGAGGGGAUAUGACAUGAUAAGAGAGAACCUUCCAGAUCCCAUCUCAAAUGGCUCUUUUCAUCCAAUAAUAAAUGAGUUUCCUGUAAUUGGGAGUUUGCUUCAACAACUUCUCCUGACAGUUGAUAAGGUCGAUAGCAGCAGAACAGCUUGUGAACGCUUGAUCAGUGAUGGAUCAUACAUAGAGAACUCCAUUUGAGGAUUCUUUCUCUGUGACCAUGAAUACAAGAACUAGGCCCUUCAAUUUUAUUGCUGUGAUGGAUAGAAGACCAGCUAGUGUAAAUAAAAAUUGUAUAUUUGAUGGUAAAAAACCAUUGUAUAUUGGAACUACAAUGGAUAGAAAAUUGACUGGAGCAGUUUGUAAAUGUGAAAAUGCUAUGUAACUGUAGUUUUCUGAUUCAAAAUUCUGUCCCUCUGUUGCUUCUUGGUUUGUUAUAGAUCCUAUUUCAAAAUGUUCUAUGCAGUUUUAGAAAUAAUCUCAUUGUUACUGCACCAUAUGA